CCGGGGCGGGGCCUGCGGCAGCGGGAACUCCAGGCCUGCCCCUUCCCCCACCCCUCCGUGGGUCGCCAUGGCCCCAGCUCUGCUCCUGAUCCCUGCUGCCCUUGCCUCAUUCAUCCUGGCCUUUGGCACCGGGGUGGAGUUCGUGCGCUUCACCUCUCUUCGGCCACUUCUCGGAGGGGCCCCGGAGCCUGGCGGUCCGGAUGCCCGCCAGGGAUGGCUGGCUGCCGUGCAGGACCGCAGCAUCCUUGUUCCCCUGGCUUGGGAUCUGGGUCUCCUCCUAUUAUUUGUGGGGCAGCACAGCCUCAUGGCAACUGAAAUCGUGAAGGCAUGGAUGUCUCGAUAUUUUGGGGUCCUUCAGAGGUCACUGUAUGUGGCAUGCACUGCCCUGGCCUUGCAGUUGGUGAUGCGGUACUGGGAACCUGUACCCAGAGGCCCUGUGUUGUGGGAGGCUCGGGCUGAACCAUGGGCCACCUGGGUGCCCCUCCUCUGCUUUGUGCUCCACGUCAUAUCCUGGCUUCUCAUCUUCAGCAUCCUUCUCGUCUUUGACUAUGCCGAGCUCAUGGGCCUCAAACAGGUGUACUACCAUGUGCUGGGCCUGGGUGAACCUCUGGCCCUGAAGUCUCCCCGGGCUCUGAGACUCUUCUCCCACUUGCGCCAUCCAGUGUGUGUGGAGCUGCUGAUGGUGCUGUGGGUGGUGCCCACCCUGGGCACUGACCGCCUCCUCCUUGCUCUCCUCCUUACCCUCUACCUGGGCCUGGCUCAUGGGCUUGACCAGCAAGACCUCCGCUACCUCCGGGCCCAGUUACAAAGAAAACUCCACUUGCUCUCCCGGCCCCAGGAAGGUGAGGCCGAGUGAGGAGCUAACCUGGUCCCAAGCCCUUUAACAUCUGGGCUCUGGCUGCUUCAGACCAGAGGCCCAAAUCUAUGGACUGAAGGGGCCAUCCCUUCCCCUGUUUAAGCCUCCACUCCUUGGGUCCAGCUCCAUACCCUAAAUCCUGAGUUUCAACCGCUGGACCCCAAGAUCUACUUCUCACCAAACCAGGGAAGAAGGGGGGCGAACUUCAGUGUUUCCUCACAGUUUAGGCCUUGACCCACCUCCACCCCACCUUAAGAACGUCCUUCUAAGGAAGAAGGGUGGGCCUGCCCACUUCCCUCCCACUGUUGCACCCUUCUACACCUCAGGGAUCCCCUUCUCCCCCUCAGGCCUCCCUUCCUAGGAGUAGGAUCAGGGUCUGCAGGUUUGAUGGUAAUGCCAGCCCUGCUGAGGCACCUAGCCCCUCCUUAGGCCUUGCCUCUCCUUAGGCGCUGGCCCUGGGCUCUGUCCUCUAACCUGAGAGGAUCCUCCCGCCCUUCAUGUUGGUGACUUAAGAGAUCUCUGCCCUCCCGAGGAACGUCUGCAGCGGAAAAAUAAAAUUCAGCCUGUUUUUUCUA